AUGGAGAUUCUUGAUGAUGAUAAUUUUCCCCGGGGUUUUCCCCAAGGGGAUUCCCGGGGGAACUUUUUUCGAAUCCCCUUUACUCAUGUCAUUAUUAAUCAAUCAUUAAUCAAAAGUCACAAGAAACUUUUUAAGCAUCGCAAAACCCCGUUUUUAACGGUUUCUUUUACGCAAAGUGAAAAUCAAAAUAAAUUCGAAAGAGCUCGAAAUAAUAUUUUCGAAAUAAAAACUUUAAACAUUGCGUUGAAAGAAGAAGAGAGUGAUACAAAAUAA